GCCUCUCUCUUUUGUUGCAGACGCUCACCGGAAAAGAGAUUGAGAUUGACAUAGAACCCACAGACAAGGUGGAGAGAAUAAAGGAGCGAGUGGAAGAAAAAGAGGGAAUCCGCCCACAACAACAGCGACUCAUCUACAGCGGCAAGCAGAUGAACGACGAGAAAACGGCCGCUGACUACAAGAUCCAGGGCGGCUCUGUGCUCCAUUUGGUCUUGGCGCUACGAGGGGGAGGCCUGCGAUGAUGGCGCACCCGUCCCUCAGCACGUCCCCCUCUCCCUCCCCCCCUCCCCACAAAGGACAGAUCUGCCGUUUGCGUGUUGGACACCGCCAGGCUGCGCAUAGUUACCCUCCCAAACCCUUUCUUCCUCCCGGAUCCAGGAAGAAAAUGGCCGCCGCUGCCGCCCACCACUCCGGAGAUCUUCCGCAAGCUGUCAUUUGAGGGAGGUGCCAUUUAGCAGGGGCAUUGCGGGGGGGGAGUCCAUGGUUUGUUGCCUUCCUGGGGGAUCCCGCAUCCCGCCGGCCCCGAUCCUCAUGCAUUUCCACCCCGGCGACUUCUCAAGUGUUGCCUAUGCUCGUUGGCUGUGUUUUGCCUCCCCUCGUUCAAAUGUCCUUCUCCCUGCCCACUCCCCCUUCCCGCAGUUGAAAUGGCUGAAUGUUAAAUAAAGGUGUUUCACGUGGUUUCU